AUGUUUUAUUUAAUCAUAUAUAGUCGGGAAAAUAUAAAAAAUGUUAAUAAAUCCCUAAGUAUAUUUGAAAAUAUAUAUAUUUAUAAUGGAGAUAAAGUACAGAAAAUAAAUUAUAACAAAAGCAGUAUUGAUGAUAAGGAUAUUGAAAAUAGUUUUGUAGCAAAAGAAAAAGAAAAUAUACAAUAUAAAUAUAUACAAUGUUUAAAUAAAAAUAAAAUUGAAUAUUACACAUCAACAUUUAUUGAGUUAUGUGUAAAUAAUAAAGAAAAUUUCGAUCUAUAUUUGAUCGAAGGAAAUGAAAAAAAUUCAAUUAUAGAUAAAAAAGACGACAAAUCACAAUACUUUAAAAGUUAUACAACUUUUGAUGAUACUCGAAUAAAAGAAAAAAAAACAAAUAUUCAAAAAAAUAGAAGAAAUAUUAAAAAAAAUAAUUCAGAAAAACAAGAAAGUACUGAAACAAAUCAGCCACCUAUAGAAAACCAACCUCAUCAAAAUGAGCCCAACUUACCAUUACAUAGAUCUCAUAUGUUAUUCAUUUUAUCUUUACCAUCUUAUUUUAUUUUUUACGAUUUUUUUUCUUUAAUAUUUGAAUAUAUAGAUUAUAUAGAUAAAAUAAAAAUAUUUUAUGUUAAAACAAACUUUGAUAUAUUUGCAAAAAAAAAAAAAAAAAAAAUCAAACAACCCUCUCCCAAUCAUGCAAAUGUUGGAAGUGAGUACUUCAAUCAAAAUUGUGAAAAUAAAAAUGUUUAUAACGAGAUUUAUAGUGAACAGAAUAAAGACGGUUCCAUUUUGAAAGAACCCCAAUUAGAAUUCGAAACAAACAACCAAUCAGAUUCCACCUUAAGUAGUAUCACAAACUCAAGUAUAGACUCCUCUGAUUUUUUGCCAAUACGCCAAGCUAAAAAUUUGUUCAUAAAAAAUAAUGCAAUAAACUAUGAUUGUACUGAUUUUACACAAAAUGGUGAAGACACCAAUAAUGAGCUUAAAAAAAAAAAAAAAAAAGAAAAAAGUGUGAAAAAAAUAAAGCAGACAAAUGUAGAACAUACAAAAGAUAAUUCAGAUAAUAUAUCAAUGGAAAAGAAAAUACAAUUUUAUAAAAAUUUAUAUAAAAUUUUAAAAAAAAAAUGGAAAAAAAAAAAAAAAUAUAAAACAUAUUCUAUUUUAAUAUUAUUUAAAACACAAAUAUAUGCAGAUAUGUUUUAUAAAAAUUUUCAUUGUAAAAAUAUAGAUUUAUUAAUCAAAAAAAAUAUAACAAAAAGAAAUAUAAAUAAUUAUCCAGUUUAUAAAAAUUGGAAUAUUUAUUGCUUAUUUGUUAAUGUUGUAUAUUAUAUUUUAGAUCAAAAUUAUGAACAAGGUCAGGUCAAAAUAUCCGACGAAAUACAAAAUGAGCAAAAUAGUGAGUCACAACAAAUCCUAUCUCAAACUAAUUCAAAUUCUUUAAACAUAACAGACGAACAAAAUAAUCAAACUAAUACUAUGAAUAAAUCAAAUGAGCUAGCUAUUUUAAAUAAAAAACAAUCUGAAAAUAAUGGAGCUAGCGAAAUGAUGUCAGAACAAAUAAUACACACACCAAACAUUUUCGAUAUAAAUAAUUAUGAACAAUUUUUUAAAAAUGUUAUAAUUGAUGGAAAUAUAUGUAUAUCUACAUGUAUAUUUUGUAUGGAACGUUUAGGAAAUUUUAUAUAUUAUAUAAUAACAAGAAAUAAAAAAUGUGAUAAAGAAUUAUAUAAUACUAAUAAAUAUUACACAUCCGAUAAUUAUAUUAACAUGUCAUGUAAUGCAUGCAUGUUCAUAAUUUUUUAUGACAUUAUUUCAGAACAUAUAACUAAUUAUUUUCCAUACAUUAUCAACGAUACUCUAAAAAAAUAUAUCAAUCCUCAAAGGAAUGAAAAUGAUAUAAAAAAAAAUGAACAAAUAUAUCCACAAAAUCAAGGGAUAGACAAAAUUAUACAAUUAAAUGAAAUAGUAAAAAUACUAAAAUGUAAAAAUUGUAAUAAUAUCGAUGAUUUAUGGCUUUGCUUAAUUUGCUCAAAUAUUGGAUGUGGACGAUAUCAAAAAAGCCAUGCAAAAAUACAUAGUUCAAAGUUUAAUCAUAAUUAUUGCAUAAAUUUAAAAACAAAAAAAAUAUGGAGUUAUCAAGAAGACGCAUUUAUAGAGGAUAAAAUAGAUACCCAAAUAAUAAACAAUAAUAGUGAAGAUAUAACACACUUUUCAAUUAAUAAUACAUUCGGAAAUUAUUGCCCAGCUAGCCAAAAUAAUCGAUAUAGCCAUCAUACAGCUAAAGUAAAAACAAUAAUUGAUGAAAAUGAAAAUAAUAAUAAAAUAAUAAAAAAUAUAAUAUAUGAUAAAACGGAAAGCGAAAGUGAACAUACACAUACUCUUAUAUACAAUGAAGAGGAAUAUCUAAGAGAUGAUGAAGACAAUUUUAAAUAUGAUACAAUCUAUGAAUAUAAUAAUGAAAUAUAUAAUAAAAUUUUUGAUAUAUUUACUAAUGAUACAUAUAUUGAUGAUAAUUUAAAAAAUGAAUUACUAUAUAUUUUAUAUUCUAAGCUUUCAUAUGAAUCAAAUAUUUAUAACAAUGCUUUAAUUGAUUUGCAAUAUAAAUAUCUGAACAAGCUAGAACAAAAAAAUAUAUACAUAAAAAAUAUGCACGAAAAAAUUAAUGAAAUUAAAAAACAAAAUAAUCAAAUUACUAACUAUAUUCAACAUAUAGACAAUUUAAUAAAAACCCAAAAUUAUGAAAAAAUACAAAUGCAAAAAAAAAUCGAUUUUUACAGAGAACUAAAUAAUAAUAUAAUUGCUCAAAAAAAAAAUGACAAAAAUCCCAACCCCAAUAAUAGUGGAAAUAAAAUCCAUAAACAAGCUAACAAAAUUGAUGAAAAUGACCAAGACACUGAUUCAAAAAAAAUAAAACACCUAGAUCAAAUUAUAGAGUCUUUGCAGUCCCAGAUUGAUAAAUUACUAAUAGAUUUGUAG